UGCACGAAGGAGAUGUACUUAAAUACUUUCGUCCCGAUCAAAAGUUUGGUAAAUUUAAUCAUAUUAUCUUGUGCAAGUCUUACAUUUUAAAACUUCUUCGGGUGAUUUGAACUAUAUUCAGUACGGAUUUCCAUAUUUGUGAAAUACAUGACAGGCUGCCCUAAAAUGUUGUCAAUCACCAAGUUGUAUAAGAACACGGAUUCUUCCCGUGUAAAUCACAAUUCAAAUGUUUAUUUAAAAGCCUAAUGAUUCGUCAGUAUCCUUUGGUGUCAAACUGUGAUAGUUGAUUUGGUAGUGUUGCUCGUUAAUAUAUAUACAUAUAUAUAUCACAUUUGUCGGGGUAUUCGCAAUUUCCGUCCUUAUAUGUAACCGUCUUUUCAAUUUGUGUCCCUAUAACAUUAAUUUCGUAAAAAAUGUCCCUCUUUUUUGCUAAUCUGCGCAAAAUCUAGUCUAAACGGUAAUUAGAAGAAUAUUAAGGGUAAUUUAAGAACGCCGUUGACGGAGUAGGCACGUGCCACCCACGUGACCGUGCAUUAGACCGAACCGGUUCUCAUUAGACCUGGUUCUCCACCGAACCGGUUCGGUUCAAUCCUGGUUCGGUUCAAACUGCUCCAUAUCUUCUCCAGACCGAUCUCAUUCCCCCAUUUCUCAGUCCAGUCGCGAGGAGCCCUAGGUUCUUCGAGCAUCGCCAUCCUUAAAUGAGCUAGAUUGAAGGUAGAGUUUAGUUGCUCGUUCCUCCAAUUCUUGCCGGAUUUCAGAGAAUAAGCUCGACGUUUUCAUCCCGGACCAAUUUCUCAAGAAAUCCGCGGAUUGUGGAGUCCCCAAUCGAGGAUAUUCCAAAGUUGGUGUGUAGAUGUGGAUAUGAGCUCCCAUUGCUUACCUCAUGGAGCACAAACAAUCCGGAAACGUGGAAAUUACUGUGGUGUGUUUGAAUGGUGGGAUGAGGAACCCACGGAUAGAUAUAAGGAAGUGAUCAAUGCAUUGGUGUCUAAAAUUCAUCGGCUUGACAAUAUUCAGAAGCGAAAUAACGUCAUCGACGUGGAUGACGAUGUUGUUGAAGUUGACGUGCAUGAAAACCAAUUGAUGAAGAAGCUAAAUCUAUUGGAAGAAGGAGUUAAAAGGAUGAAACGCCAGAACAACAAACCUCCGUCGGUGCACAUUGGCUAUGUUAAACAGCAUAGCAGUUUAAUAUUACUUAAUAUGGCGGUUAUUGCGCUCAUUUUUCUGGUAUUCGGCUUUAUGGCGAUAAUCAACACCACCUCACCUCCGAAAUUGGCUAUCGCCAAAGGGUAAUAUUAGUGAUAAUGUGUUGCGUGAUCCAGGUGUUGGAUUGUUGUUGUUAUAUCGUAAGUUGAAAUGUUGAUGUAUUGUGUCGGUCUAUUGUGUUGUUGUAAUAUUUUUUACUUGAAACUCAGCUUUGGAUUUGGAUUCUCGUGUUGGAAGGAGCAUUGCUUGUUAUUGUAUGAAGAAAUGUUGUAUUCGUAA